GCGCAGGCCGCCGGGGCUUCUAGGAAUUGAAGUCCCGCGAAGACAGCGCAUUGGUUGGGAGCGCGGCCGCCGGGGCCUUCGCACAGGCGCACUGCCGUCCGACCUGAAGUGGUGCAGUCUACCCGGGUCCCGAGCACUCUGUGCUGGAGGGCAAAGAUGGGACAAAGGAGCCAGGAAGACAGAAGUUUCAGAGGUAGGAAUAAAAGUGAGACCCAAGCAGCAUCAAGGCAUCUACUGUAACUGGUUGAAGAGGCAGAAACUUAUCCAGUCAGAAGUUGUAGAGAAGUAAAGAAAAGAAGGAAAAGAUCUUUGGAAUUCAUGCCAGAGUUUUCAUUUUGAAGCAUGUGGUUUCAGAUGUGUGAGAGGCAAGAGUGACUGACAAGGAUUUGAGUGGAGUCAAUGGUGAAGACAUGGAGUCAGAAGGACUCUGCCCUUUGCUUCUGGGAGCGCACACAGGAGGGAAUGGCUGCUGCAGCGCCACCUGCCGCGUGCCAGGGAUCUGUGACGUUCGAGGACGUGGCUGUGAUUUUCACAGACGAAGAGUGGAGGCAUCUGGUCCCUGUUCAGAGAGCCCUCUACAAGGCCGUGAUGCUGGAGAACUAUGAGAGCAUCGUCUCGCUGGGACUUCCAGUUCCUCAACCUGAUGUGAUUUUUCAGUUGAAGAGAGGGAUUGAGCCAUGGACAGAGGGUCUUCAUGGAUCUGAAGACAGAAAGUGUCCAGAGAAUGUCUCUCUAGGCUGGGGGACCAAGCCCAAGAUUCAAGAUGCUUCAGAAGAAAAGAAACCAGAAGGAACACGGAGGGGAAGCAUUGACAAGCAAAGUCCUCUGUGUCCUAAACUUGAAGUUCAAGCACUGGUUGGUAGGUUGGAAGUGGAGAAGGAAAGACCCACAGUAGAACCUUGCAAGAAACUGCUGUCCCGGGAUCCAAGCUUGCAGCAAGGGUCAGCCCCACCCAAGAAAGCCCUCACUAGAGAGAGAGACCAUGAGUGCAGAGACUGUGGGAAGACCUUCUUCGACCACUCCUCACUUGUGCGCCACCAGAGGACUCACACUGGAGAGAAGCCCUACGACUGUCAGGAGUGUGGGAAAGCCUUCAGUCACAGAAGCAGCCUCAGCAGACACCUGAUGUCUCACACCGGGGAGAGCCCCUUCGAGUGCAGUGCAUGUGGCAAGGCCUUCUUUGACCGCUCGUCCCUCACCGUGCACCAGCGGAUUCACACGGGAGAGAAGCCCUUCAAAUGCAGUGAGUGUGGGAAAGCGUUCUUUGACCGCUCGUCCCUCACUCGACACCAGAGAAUUCAUACUGGAGAAAGUCCUUAUGAGUGUCGUCAGUGUGGGAAGGCCUUUAGCCAGAAAAGCAUUCUUACUCGCCAUCAGCUCAUCCACACAGGCAGGAAGCCCUAUGAAUGUAAUGAGUGUGGAAAAGCCUUCUACGGCGUCUCAUCCCUGAACAGACAUCAAAAAGCUCAUGCAGGGGAGCCACGCUAUCAGUGCAGUGAAUGUGGGAAAGCCUUCUUUGACCGUUCCUCCCUUACACAACAUCAGAAGAUCCACACUGGAGACAAGCCAUACGAAUGCGGUGAGUGUGGGAAAGCCUUUAGCCAGAGGUGCCGGCUCACGCGGCAUCAGAGAGUUCACACUGGGGAGAAGCCCUUUGAGUGCAGCGUGUGUGGGAAAGUCUUCAGCUCAAAAUCUUCAGUUAUUCAACAUCAGCGGAUGUGUGCAGGGAAGAAACCGUGGAAGUGCGACGAGUGUGACAAAGCCUUCAGUUACUACUCGGCUUUUGUCCUGCAUCAGAGAAUUCACACGGGAGAAAAGCCCUACGAGUGUAAGGACUGUGGCAAAGCCUUCAGCCAGAGCAUUCACCUCACUCUGCACCAGAGAGUCCACACUGGAGAGAAGCCCUACGCCUGCCACGAGUGUGGGAAGGCCUUCAGCCACCGCUCCGCCCUCAUCCGCCAUCACAUCAUCCACACCGGGGAGAGGCCCUAUGAGUGCAGUGAGUGCGGCAAGGCCUUCAACCAGAGCUCCUACCUCACCCAGCACCAGCGCAUCCACACCGGGGAGAGGCCCUACGAGUGCAGCCAGUGUGGCAAGGCCUUUAGUCAGAGCACCUUCCUCACCCAGCACCAGGUCAUCCACACAGGGGAAAAGCCCUACAAGUGCAACGAGUGCGGCAAGGCCUUCAGUGACCGUUCAGGCCUGAUCCAGCACCAGAGGACUCACACCGGGGAGAGGCCCUAUGAGUGCAGCCAGUGCGGCAAGGCCUUUGGCUACUGUUCUGCCCUGACCCAGCACCAGAGGACUCACACUGGGGAGAAGCCCUACAAAUGCACCGACUGCGCCAAAGCCUUCAGUGACCGCUCAGCACUCAUUCGUCAUCAGAGGACACACACUGGAGAGAAACCCUACAAGUGUAAGGACUGCGGGAAGGCCUUCAGCCAGAGCUCAUCUCUCACAAAACAUCAGAAAACACACACUGGAGAACGACCCUACAAGUGCCAGGCCUGUGGGAAGGCCUUCAGCCAGAGUUCCUCCCUUUCUCAGCACCAAAAAACACACGGGGGAGGGAAAACCAAGGAACACGCAGUGGCCCUUAAUGAGCAUCCAGCCUUUGGCCAACAGAGAGGAUCCAUACUGGGUGAAUGCACAUAAGGGUGUAUUUACUGGGUUUACCAGACAUGCUGUGAGGACCAUAAAGAAUAAAAAAGUCGUCGUUGAUGUGGCUGUACUUACCAAGACUGCUAAAGAGAGGUUUUACAUGUUUUAAGGUGUCCUAAUGGAGGGCACUGUGACUUCCCCUGGGGAAAGAGGAAAUUUAUUUCUCGUGUAUGUAAACUACCAGAUCCUUGAGGGAGAAAUAGGGUAUGCCACGGGGAAAGGGGGCAUCUGGCUGGGUUGUCUCAUAAGGCUAAAGAGAUCAGUGGUGAGCUGCAGGGGUAGAAAUUAGAGAUGGGAAUUCACAGUUUGUCCAGGGUCAGGAUGGUGGAGGAACAGAAGUUGUCCUUCAGCCUGAAGUUCAAGGAUACAAAGGAGGGAGAUGGAAAAAAAGAGAGAAAGACCUGGGGAGAGAGCCCAAGCAGUACUGAUGGAGACAACGGCUCAACUAAGUGUUCACAGCCAGGAACACCAUUGCCCCUGCUUGUUGGUGGGUCCCAGAGUUUCUGUGAAGGCACCUUUACCCUGAAACUAAGGAAUUCUGGCCCAGGGGCCCUGCAGCUCCAUCUGUCCUUUAGACCUUACUUAUUGAGAUGUCCCCUACUGAGAACAAGUUCACUCCAAGAAUCAUGGCCUAGAGCUCGAAAGGGAGAGAACAGAAGAGACCUUUGAUGUGUUCAGUCUGUUUUAACAUAUCUGAGUUACCUGAGAAUGUUUAUUUAUGAAGAUUUACCUCAGUUGUUGGUAGUGUGUACCUUAGAUUUUUUUUUAUACCAUAGUAAAGCUUAAUUGUAAACUUGCACUGAAUUGCAUAUUAGAUUGUGAAAACUUGAGAAGACUAUGAAAUACUUGUCCUUUACUGUUUUUCUCUUGAUUAGAGCCAAAUGACAUCUUUGUGUAAAACAUAUUUAAUUGAAAUUUUGAAGGUUAUUAUUGAAAACAUUUUGAGACCAGUGUCUUUAAUUUCUAGAAGCUUCAUCGUAUUGUGGUUUUGGUGUGGUUUUUUGAGUGGACCUUUGGAGUUUGUUGUGCUGCUUUAAUGUGUAUGUUUAUGUUUUUUGCAAAAUUUAGGGAAUUUUCAGCCAUCAUUUCUUCAGAAUACAUUUUCAGACCACUGCCCUGCCUCUUCUCUUUUCUGGUCUCUUGAUGACAGAACUAUUAGAUCUUUGGUUGCAAUCCUACAGUUUCAGAGCUCUGAGCUCUGUUCUUUUUCUUUUUCCUUUUUAAAUAUAUUUUUGCCUCAGUCUGCCAUAACGAAACUCCGCCAACUGGGCAGCUCAAGAAGUUUAUUUCCUGCAGUUUUGCAUGUUGGGGAGUCUCGAUCAGGGUGCCAUGUGACUCUGCUGCUAGCUGGGGUUCUCUUUCUGGCUUACAGGUGGAUGCCUUUGUGUUCUGUCUUUACAUGAACUUUCUUCAGUGCGUGGACUGGGAGAGAGAGAGAGGGAGUCUCUUCCUCUUCUUAUAAGGCUUCCAGUUCCCUUAGGUAAGGACCCCAUAUUUUGGUCCUCACCUAGUCACAAUUACCUCCCAAAAGCCCUCUCCAAUUACAGUCACGCUGGGAGUAAGGACUUUAACAAAUGGAUUCUAGGGAAGACACAGCUCAGUUUAUAGCACCCCCCCCCACACACACACACACACAGAGUUCUUGUCCAUGCAUGAAAAAUACACCCAAAAUUUUAACUCAUUCUGUCAACCUUAAAAUCUAAAAUUCAAACUUUAAAUAUCACCUAAGUCAGGUAUGAGUGAGAUUUGAGAUUCAUCCUCAGGCAAAAUUCCUCCCCAGCUGUGAACCUAUGAAACCAAAUAAGUUACUGCUUCCAAAAUACAACUGUGGGCUGGGCAUAGAGGCACCAUUUCUGUAAAAAAGGGAAGAAACGGAAGAGGGAAUGGGUAAUGGACUCCAAGCAAGUCCUAAACCUAGCAAGGCAAACCCCAUUAGAUCCUUAGACUUGAAGAUAGUCCUCUGUUGGCUUAAUGCACUGUCUCUGGACCCACUGAAGUGUCAGUCCUGCCCCUGCAGUUCUGCCAGAUGGCCGCACCCCCAAGGCUCUGCAGGGCAGUCUUGCCUCAGGCUUCAGCUAAAGAUGUCUGCCUGUUGAAACCAAGAGGAAUUCUGUCAAAUGGUUGUUCAGCCACAUCCUUGGUACUUCUUCCUAACAAACUUUCUCGUUCUUUGCUGUAUGAAUACAAUUUUGCAAACUUUCAAGUUCAGAUUCCUUUUUGCUUAGCAUUUCAUUCUUCAGUUCAUCUUUCCUGUUACUUCUUCCUCGAAGCAGCAAGGACUUAAGCUGUACCUUCAAUACUUUGCUUAGAAAUCUGCUAAAUAUCUAAUUUCAUCACUCCCAAAUUUUGCCUCCCACAAAACACUAACAUACAGUUCAGAUAAGUUAUUUGCAACUUUAUAACAAGGAUCAUCUUUCCUCUAGUUCUGUUAACACGUUCCAUCGCCGUCUAACCAUCGAGCCACACCAGCACAGCCUUUAAAUCCCAUGCAUCUAGGAUGUACCUCAAAAUUCUUCCAGUCUCUACCCAGCUCCCAGUUCUAAAGCCACCUCCACAUUUUUAGGUAGCAUCCCACUUUGGGGUACCAAAAUCAGUCUGCUCAGGUGGCCAUAGACUGGUUGGCCCAAAUGAGAGAUGUAUCAUGGUUCUGGAGGCUGGAAGUUCAAAAGCAAGGCCCAGCAGGGUUUGGUUCCCUGUGAGGGCUCUCUUCCUUGUUUGAAGAUGGGGCCUUUUCACUGUAUGCUCAUGUAGCCUUACCUCAAUACAUGUGUGUGGAGAGAGAGAGCCGUCCCUUCCUCUCAAAAGGCCGUCAAAACUAUUGGACCAGGACCCCACAUAUGGCCUCUUUUAACCUUGGUUACCUCCUGAGAGCCUCUGUCCAUAUACAGUCACCUUGGAGAUGGGGUCUCAGUGUAAUGAACUGUGGCGGCGGGGAGUGCACAGUUCAGUCCCAGUAAUUCUGUCUAUUGUUAACAUUGGACGUUUUUCUGCUCUUCAGGUCCGCAGAGGGUUCUUCCAUUGUGCUUUAGAGCCUAUCACUGAAUUUUAUUUCAGUGUAUUUUUUCAGUUUCAUUUUAUUAUUCACUUUCUUUCCUGAAACUUUUUUUUUUUUUAAUUUGAGCCCUAAAAUCUGGGCCAGGCAAUUCUAACACCUGUGUCAUCUCUUUGUGUUGGCAUCUGUGGACAAUUUUUCCACUCAAAUCAGAAUUUCCUUGGCUCUUGGUGUGAUGAGGAGUUUUGUAUUGGAACCUGGACAUUUUGAGGUUCAUUAGACUCCGUGUCUAUUUGAGCCUUCUGUUUCCAUGGGCUUCCUCCGCCUCCACGAGUGGAGAAGCUGGGGUGCUGCUUCAGUACCUCAAGCUGGUGUUACAAGUCCAGUUUUAUCAUGGGCCUCUGUUUAUGGGGGUCAGGGUCCUCAAGGUUGCUGGGCAGCAGUGGGGUUCACAGCUCCCCACCCGGCCUCUGCAGAUCACCCUGGCUGGGGAGGCCAUGGAUGCCUAGGUCUGUCCCCUGUGGGGCGGGGUGGGGUGAGCUCCUCACCGCUAGGCUCUGGCCUAAGUCCUGACUUCACUAGGCCCACUGACACCAGCAAGGACAAGGAGAGGCAUCUUAUCCUGGGGUAGAGAUGGAAGCCUUGUCUCUCCAUGUGGUCUCCACUGAGACUGCAAGUGUGAGGAUGGACAGAAAACAUGUCCCCUUGACCUUUCCCAACACCACCCCAGAGUGGGAUGGAGGGUUGGGGAGCUUGUUAAAGCGUGGAGAGGCUGGAGGGCAUGCUCCCACUCAGUCUGUUGGUGGGGAUAGGGCUUCAGAUGUCUCCCAUGUACUUUAAGAAUAGGGCCUCAAAGUCUUCUGUCUUGCUGGGCUGCUCCUUUUGCUAGAAAGGGUAGACUUUUCUUGGUCUUUAACAAAGCCAUACCUGUUGGCAUUCCUGGUUUGCGAGCUUCUCCACAAUGCAAUUUGGCAAAGAAGAGAUGUGAAGAGUCCCAAGAGCUCACUGCUGUGGUGUCCUUGGGCUCCUGGUCCCUAGCCAGUCCAUUCUUGUUCCCCUUUUAGAAACUUCUUGUGUUUGUUUUGUAUGGAAUAUCCAGGAUAUUUGGCUGUGUUUAGGGAGAGGGCGAGGGGGAAGCACCACUCCAUCUUUCCCUGGCAGCCUUGCCGGGGACACUGAAAUGGCAUGUCAGGUCGUGUCGAGUGCAACCCAAAAGUCCAGGGCACACAGAGGCCACGCACAGAGAAUGAGAGAUGAGCCUCGAGAGCAGUGCUCCCCAGUUCCCCACGACCAGCUGCCCACUGGGAAGAUGGAAACAGGCUGCGUCGUCUGCCCUGGGGGGAGACAUGCUUUUGAGUUGGGGAAACACCAGUGUUUAAUUGUAGAUGACAAGUUUGAGAAGGAAAAAUAGAUAUGGCUAAGAAUAUUCACCACUGUGGUGUUCAAAUUUUUCAUUCGUAUCUUUGUCCUAAGAGCAUGUGAGAAUCACUGGAAAAUGGAGAGUUAACAAUUUUGGACUUUUCCCCAUUAUGUAUUACCUAUAUGUGGCUAUCUUUAUUUUAAUUUGAUACAUGGUAUCAUAGAGAACCAACAAAAGAAUGAAAGUAACUGAGAUUUGAGUCAAGUCACUUCACCCUUUGAGAGCUGUCUCAUAUAUGUGUGUGUGUUCAUGUAGCCACCUGAGAGUGGUUAGAAUUAGGUAGGAAAUGGAUACAAAAGGAUUUGUAAGCUAUCAAGUGCUGCAUAACUGAUUAUUGGUGUCAUUAUUUAUAUCAUGUGUGCUUUUUGAUGGUGUAGCGCAAUAAAAAUGACUACAGAUACAA